AUGUAUACACGUUUACAGAACCUAAGGCAAGGAAGUCGCAGUGUCGACGAGUAUGCGGAGGAAUUCUCGCUAUUAUUAACUCGUAAUGAGAUCAAUGAUAGCAAAGUACAGCUCGUCUCUCGUUUUAUUGGAGGCUUACGACAACAACUUCAAACCGCGAUGGCACAAUUUGAUCCAUCGACGGUCGGAGAAGCUCAUAUGUGUGCUUUGUCAUUUGAACAGCAGUCACGUUCUUCUACAUGGAAUACACAAUCCAAUCGAACUCGUGAUCAGUCGGGAACCAACGCUCCAUCAACAGCAACGAAAGACGCUAGCGACACCGCGAACCCCUCGACGAAACCAAGUACACAAGAAGAACAGACAUUGCGGCGUUCAACUCGCCCUAAUGCCCUCCGUUGCUAUUCUUGCGGAGAACACAGACACAGACAAACAGCGUGCCCGCAUGCCACACGCCGAGGACUUGUAGCAGAGGACGUACAUGACCAAGAUGUGUAUGAUUCUCAGGAAGAAGAAGAACCCAACGACGAAGAUAUCAUCAUUCCUACCACGGGAGACAUGGGUCACAUGCUGGUGCUUCGUCGUUCAUGCAUAACCCCACGUAAAAACAACGACCAAUGGCUACGUACCAACAUAUUUCGCUCUACGUGUACUAUCAACGACCGCGUCCGCAGUUUUACUAUCGACUCGGGAAGCUGCAGGAAAGUAAUUUCUGAGGAAGCCGUUACUAAAGUAGGCCUCCUGCGUGAGAAUCAUCCAACACCGUACAUGUUGGGUUGGUUAAACGACAGUGCCACGGUGCGCAUAUCUCAACGAACACUGGUCUCUUUCUCGAUUGUCCCCUACUACACCGAUCGCAUCUAUUGUGAUAUCGCACCUAUGGAUAUCAGCCAUCUCUUACUUGGACGACCUUGGGAAUUUGAUCGGAAUAUUCUUCAUAAUGGAGCCGACAAUACGUACCAGUUUACAUGGAACUCGCACAAGAUCCUAUUGCUUCCAUCAAAGGAACUAGCACCGCCAUUGUCGCCAAAACCAGCAAAGUCACCACCGCCUCCAGAGCCAACUAAUGCCAAAUCCAACCUCCUUUGUUCAUAUUCGAAAUUUUUUUCUGAGCUACGGAUGGAGGGACGGGCAUUUGCUCUCAUUCUAACCACAGUGGAUCACGCCAUCACGUCACAACUGAGCCCGUCAUUGAGUCCAAUCCUAAAAGAAUUCAAUGAUGUGUUUCCACCGGAACUACCUACGGAGCUACCACCUUUACGGGAUAUACAACAUCAAAUUGAUCUUGUUCCAGGUUCAACGCUUCCGCACAGGCCACAUUAUCGUAUGAGCCCUUUAGAGCACGAAGAGUUGAGACGUCAAGUAGAAGAUCUCCUUCGAAAGGGUCACAUUCGUGAAAGCCUGAGCGCAUGUGCGGUACCUGCCCUAUUGAUACCCAAGAAAGAUGGAACAUGGCGAAUGUGCGUUGAUAGUCGAGCGAUUAAUAAAAUCACCAUUCGUUAUCGCUUCCCUAUCCCGCAUCUGGAUGACUUAUUAUACCAAAUUGGGACAUCAAAAAUCUUUUCUAAGAUUGAUCUCAAGAGUGGUUAUCAUCAAAUCCGCAUUCGGCCGGGAGACGAAUGGGAAACUGCUUUCAAGACUCGCGAGGGCCUUUUCGAGUGGUUAGUCAUGUCGUUUGGAUUGUCGAAUGCACCGAGCACAUUUAUGCGAGUCAUGAAUCAGGCAUUACGUCCAUUCAUCGGGCGUUUUGUGGUCGUCUAUUUUGAUGACAUUCUUAUAUUUAGCUCGUCCGCGGCCGACCAUGCAAACCAUCUCCGUCAAGUUCUGCAAGUACUUCGAGCAGAUAAACUUUUCGCGAAACCAUAG